GCUGCCAACGUGAGCCAAGCGGCGCAAGCAAAAGCAGCUGUUCGACAAAAUGCAACGCCUGCUUCAAAUUAUUCUUAAGAAUGAAUAAUUCAAUUGGAAUGACGACAAUAACAAUGUGCAAUAUUUGAAACAAAAGUCAGAAAGUCAAAAAUAGCACCAAGAACAGUAGCGAUAAAUGGAUCCCAUUGUGUUCUUCAUAGUGCUAACGACCAUUUAUGGCGUGCUCUACUUUUUCGAUCGCUUCUUUAAGAGCUGCAUGCAUUAUCCAUACGAUGCCUUUCUGCGCAACACCGGACUAAGUGUUAAUCUGCUGAGUCUGCAUUGGCAUUCGAAUGCGAGCACCUUCAAUCGGAUGCUAAUCCGGUGGGGUUCCACGGCGGGGAACAGUUGCACCCGCAGUGUUCUGGUCAAGAGCUUUAACAUGGGCGUGUUGCUCUCUUUUUUACUGCUGCCAGUUGGCCUCAUUCUGCUGAUUAUCACCAUAUUCAAUGGCAACGAGCCAACAGCGACUACAACAAAAGAGGCCACAGUUCAGCUCGAAAUCUUGUUGCCUGGUGUUAAUCUGCCGCUGGAGGAGAUUGGCUAUUAUAUAGCUACCUUGUUGCUGUGCACACUGCUCCAUGAGCUGGGACAUGCACUGGCUGCGGUGCUGGAGGAUGUGCCCGUUACGGGUUUUGGUUUUAAGAUAUAUUACUGCCUUCCCUUGGCGUAUACGGAAUUGUCACACGAUCAUUUGAAUAGUUUACGCUUCUUUCGCAAGCUGCGCAUUUUGUGCGCUGGCAUUUGGAAUAAUUUUGUGCUCGCCUGCGUUUGCUAUCUGCUCAUCUCCACACUGGGCCUAACCAUGUCACCGUUCUACGCGAACAACGAACACGUAAUUGUUACGGAAUUGACGCCCAAAUCUCCGCUGCGCGGGGAACGUGGUCUGCAGGUGGAGGAUGUCAUCAUUCAGUUAAAUGAUUGUCCCAUCUCUGGGGAACAGAGUUGGCUGCACUGCUUGCUGCAGGAGCAAAGUCAACGUUUGGGUUACUGCAUCAGUUCGGAUUUCAUACGGCUCAACGAUGAGAGCAUCGACAUUGGGCAUCACAGUUCGGAUGGACGCCUGCAGUGCUGUGAUGAACGGAAUCCGAAUGUGAGCUGCUUUGAGUAUGUGGAGGAUGUGCUGCUGGUGAAUGCCCCGGCGGAGAUACCUCAGCAUGUCUGCCUGCCGAUGCGACGCACCCUCGAGGAUUCCAUGGGCUAUUGUCGAACUGGAACUGGAGGAGCUAGUGGAGCUGCUGCAUCUGUUGCCUGUUUACAUGGCUUCUGCCUGCAUCCGCUGCUGCCCAAUCGGACGAGCAUUAUGAUCUUUAAGCGUCGCAAUCUGGAACAAGAGCAACUGGCGCCCGUUAUGUUUGUGGGACAAGCGAGGGAUGUGCUGCACACGGUGCGCAUCUCUGGGUUUGUGCCGCGCUUCAAGCAGCUGAGCGCCAGCUGGCCGGAUGCCAUUUCCCUGCUGCUCCGCUACAACGUCGUCUUCAGCAUUGGUUUGGCCUUAAUCAAUGCGAUUCCCUGCUUUGGCUUCGAUGGCGCCCACAUCACAAGCACUGUGAUCCACAGCUUCCUCGUCGGUCGCGUCGAGGAGCACGCGAAACGAGAUCUCAUUUCGCUGAUCAUCACCAGCGUGGGUUCGCUGCUCUUUGGACUUGCUUUGCUCAAAGUUGCCUGGUUGAGUCUGCUGCGGCCUUUGCUCUGAGCUUCUACUGUAGUUAACAUGUACCUACUAAAGCAGUGUUGACAUGUCCUAAAGCCUGCAAAGUUAACAGUGUUGAGAUGUAGCCAGAGUUAACAUGUAUACGUUGCUUAAGUUAACAUGUACCUACAAUGGACAUCAAUGUUACAAUGUACUAAAGCCUACUUAGUUAGCGAACAUGAUAUGUAGCUACAUGGUUGCUAGAGUUAAGAUGUACCUACAAAGUAAACCAAUGUUAACAUGUGCUAAAAAACUAUUAGGUACAUAUUUGCUAGAAUUAACAUAACGUUAUCAUGAUUACAUUUCAAAUUGGCUCAAAAGUACUAACUGCUUUACUCUGGUACACUACUUAGUUAACAUGUACCUACAAAGUAGUCGACUGUUAACCUGUACCUACAAAGUAAGCACUGUUGACAUGUACCAAACAAGAGAAACAAAAACAAAACGAACGCUAGACUGCUUUUUCAAACACACACACACAAACAGAGACUUACGGAACAGCGAAUUGUGGCACCUCAAAGGUUUUCUAAGCAUAUUUUCUAAUGGCUUUGGUGUGU